AUGAGAGGGAUUGUGGUUACUGGUGUGGUGACUGGUGCGGUUAACAGCAUGGCUGGGAGAGUAGGGCAACAGGUGAGCACCCGCCCCUCUCCUCUCCGUCUCCCGCCAGUCAGUGUGCUACCAUUGCCCACCUCCCGCCCCAGCCUCCCCUCAGCUUUGGCAGGAUCUUCUAUCCGGCAGGGCAUGAAAGCACUCUUCUCUCCUCCACGCAUUCUUCCUCCUUGUCUAUCCGGCACCAAGCACUUAGAGGGUCUUUCCUCUUCCCUCUCUAUGCCUCCUCCUCCCCUCCACGUCACCAUCCCUCAGCUGUGGCACGACAUGCUAUCUGGCAGGGCAGAGCGUCUCUUGUCUCUCCUCAACGCUUUCUUCCUCCUCGUUUAUCCGGACAUCAAGCACUGGCACUUCCUCUCCUCUCUCUGUGCCUCCUUCCCCUCUGCCCCUCCUCCCUUCAGCUGUGGCACGCAUGCUAUCUGGCAAGGCAGAGCACCACCACCCAUUUCUCCUUUCGUGUUCUUCCUCCUCGUCUUCCCGGACAUCAAGCAUUGGCGAUUCCUCUUCUCUCUCUAUGCAGAGUCGAUCGAGAAGGAGUGCUACGUCCCUCCAUGUGCUCUGCCUGCGGCAGCGCCACGGUCGAAUCAACCUGCACCACUCGCUUCUGACCAUGCCCCAGCCACCUCUCUUCACGUGCUCUGCCUGCGGCAGCGCCACGGUCGCAUCAGCCUGCACCACUCGCCGCUGCUGCACGUCCAGAUACCACCCCCCCCAGCUGAUUGGCUGGACCCUCUCACAGCACCUGCCACGUGUCCAUCUGCCACUGGCUGGGAGCUGAACGCCAAGGGGCGAACCGGGGCACGGUGCGCUGACCUGGCGCCGCUGAUGGACCCUGCCAGGCUGGUAGACGAGGCGGCGUCGCUCAACCUGAAGCUAAUGAGGUGGCGCGUGCUGCCACAGCUGCAGCUGGAGGGGUUGAAUGCAACAAAAUGUAGACAAGGCAUCGUGGCUCAACCUGAAGCUGAUGAGGCGGUGGCGCGUGCUGCCACAGCAGCAGCUGGAGCGGCUGCAUGCAACCAAGUGCUUGCUGCUGGGGGCUGGUUGGCACUCUCUCGGGCCUCCGGUGGCUUGCUUGCUCAGGAUAAGAGAGCAGGAGAACGAAUGAAGCACCUGCUUUGA